AUGAGAUGUUGUGCUCAUAUUGUAAACUUGAUUGUCACUGACGGAUUAAAAGAGAAGCAUGAUUCGAUUGCUAGCAUUAGACAUGCUGUCAGAUAUGUUAGGUAUUCUCCCGCUAGCCUCAAAAGGUUUAAAGAAGUUGUUGUAGAAGAAAAAAUUGCAUGCCAAGGACUCCUCUCUUUAGAUGUCCAAACGAGGUGGAACUCUACAUAUCUCAUGCUUAAUUGUGCAUUAAGAAUCCAAAAGGCUUUUGAAAGUUUAUUAUCAGAUGAAAAUUUUGUGAAGUAUUUUGAGGAGGUUGACAAAGAUGGAAAGAAAAAGGAGGGGCCGCCUACUGAAACGAACUGGGAGAAUGCAACGGUAUUUGUGAAGUUUUUGGAGACUUUCUAUGAGAUUACAUUAAGGUUUAGUAGAUCAACCUAUUUUUCAAUAGACAAGUACUUUGUUGAAAUAUGUAAUAUGCAGCGCACUUUGUAUAGAAUGGCAGUUGAGGAGGAUGACCCGUUGUUAGCGAGUAUGGCACAGAGCUUGAAGAUGGUUAAUGAGGUAGAACAAACAUUACGAUCACUGUUUGAUUUGUAUGGUGGGGGCUCUACAUUACUUCAACCAUCUAUGACCCAGUCUCAGUCACUAUCUCACUAUCUGCCUCAGCCUAGUGGAUCUUCCUCUUCCGCAUUCACUACUACUUCUAGUUUGAAUAAGUAUGCUUCGUUGCAUGAUGAAUUUGGACAACAAAGGAAAGAGGACGAUGGUGGUAAGACAAAGAAUGAGGUUGAUAGGUAUCUAACUGAGGAUGCUGAAGCUACGAUUAAGGAUGUCAACUUCGACAUUUUGAAAUGGUGGGCCGGAAAUGCAUCCAAGUACAAGAUCUUGUCAACCAUUGCUCAUGAUGUGUUAGCUAUACCAGUUACAACUAUUGCUUCUGAUGCUACCUUUUCGACUGAUGGUAGAAUUUUAGAUCCCUUUAGGAGCUCACUAAGUCCUAAAAUGGUUGAAUGUUUAAUAUGUCUCAAAACUGGUGGAGCAGUUCACAUCAACCAAUCAUUAUUCUAG